GUCAAAAUCUCAAAACUUCUCUAGUCCUCAAGCCAGGAACCCAUUUGAAUUCAAGGCUGAGCACAGGUCGGUCACUAGGCCAAGACCAUGAAGCAAAAGGUGGUACUGAGCGUCUCCCUUAAUUACAAGAAGAAGUGCCCAUGCUUUAUUUUUGGCAAGCUCACCAGCCAUUCCAAAGCCUUGCAGAUUGCAGCUGGUUCAUCUGGAGUUGAAUCUGCAGCAUGGCAAGGCGAUGACAAGAGUAAACUCGAAGUUAGUGGUGACGGCAUCGAUCUGAUUGCACUGACAGAGAAGCUGAAGAAGAAAAUUGGAUACACGAGUAUAGUAACCGUUGAGGAAAAGAAAGAAGAGAAGAAGGAAGAAACGAAGGAAGAAACGAAGGAAGAAGUUCCAGCUCUAGUAUACCAUCCAAUGGGGUUCCCACACUAUCUCCCGCCCAGCAACUAUGGCUUCUGCACUGUCUUCUAAGACCCCAUAGAGACGAAGAAUUGAAGUGAAUGUUUGAGAGUUUAGAUUUGGAGAGAGAAGAAUAUUAUGCAUGGCAGAAAAAGUAUUUGUAAUGAAGUUAUAUAGUCUCAACUGCAAAUCAUAAGUACUCUUACGGCCGAUAUAUAUAGCUCAGAUUUUCUCCUUCUGAUCA